AUGCAUCUGCGAGUCUUUGCCUUUGUGAUGUCCUUGCUCUGUGAGGUGAUCAGGAUGGGCUCCGGUGUCGGGCAGAAGCAAAGGGCUCACAGAGAGACAUCAGACCAUUGCCGCAGCUGUCUGGAGUGCUCCCGGGAGAACGGCUGUGUGCGAUGUCCAGAGCGUCUCUUCCUCUUCCUGCAGAGGGACGGGAUGUCUCACCAGGGCACCUGCCUCCACGCCUGUCCCACCGGACACUACGGACAGAGAGGGAAGGACAUCAACCGCUGCAUUAAGUGUCGCUCUGCAGACUGUGAACACUGCUUCAGUCGAGAUUUCUGCACUAAAUGUAGACCAGGUUUCCAGCUGUACAAAGGAAAGUGCCUGACUGACUGCCCCUCAGGAACCUUCGCCUACCACACAGACUGCUUAGAUAACUGCCUCCUGGCUCCCUUGGGAGAGUGGAGCGACUGGAGCCCCUGUCUCAGAGAAGGCGUCACCUGUGGCUUCAGGUGGGGGAAGCAGACCAGGACUCGGGUGAGCCGGUUGUCCAGCAGAAAGCCUGAAGAGACACCGGCGUCUGUUUGUUCAUCCCACAGCGAGACACAGCGAUGCAGGAUGAGGAAAAGGUGUCAAACAGGUGAGUGA